UAUUAUAUUCCAUUUCUCUUCUUAACAAAGAUGUGCUGCUUUCUCAUCAAAUCCUUUCCACUCCUCUACUUUCUUUUCUUCCUGUUGAAUUUUCAAGCUAAUCUUUUAUCUUGUUCUUCUUCAAUAACACCAUUGUGCUCUCCUGAAGAAGCUGCUGCAUUGAUCCAGUUCAAGACCUCUUUUUCCAUCAGUAAAGAUUCAUCUUGGUAUUGCUAUGCCGCUGAAUCUUAUCCCAAGACAAAUUCAUGGAAGGAGGGUUCAGAUUGCUGCUCAUGGGAUGGGGUCACUUGUGAUAGCAUCAAAGGUCAAGUGAUUGGUCUUGACUUGAGUUGCAGUUGGCUACAUGGCAGCAUCCCUUCAAAUAGUAGUCUCUUCCAUCUUCCACACCUGCAGAAACUCAACCUAGCCUGCAACGAUUUUAACUCUUCCAAGAUGUCACCUAAGUUUGGUGGGUUUGCAAGUCUAGCGUAUCUCAACCUCUCUCUAUCAUUCUUUGCAGGACGAGUCCCAUCCCAAGUCUCUCACUUGUCGAAAUUGGUUUCACUUGAUCUCUCUUGGAAUUUUUAUCUACCACUUGACAGGCAUACUCUGGAAGGACUCGUUGAGAACCUAACAGAGGUGAGACAACUUUCUCUUGGUGGUAUGAAUAUGUCUUCCAUUAAUCCUAAUGCCUUGACGAAUCUAUCCUCAUCUUUAAGGGCCCUUAAUCUUAAGGGUUGUGAUUUGCAAGGAAAAUUCCCAGAAAACAUUUUUCACCUGCGUAACCUCAAGUCCCUCUAUUUAGGAGGGAACCAAAACCUGGCUCUCUAUUUGCCAAAGCUGAACCGGACCAGCAAUCUUCAACUUUUAGAUCUGUCAGACAUGUCCUUCUCUACAGAAUCGAUAGAUUCGAUCGGCAAUUGGCAAUCUUUGAAAUAUUUGUGUUUAUUAAGGACUUCUUUUCCUAGAGGGUUGCCUGAGUCUAUCACGAAUUUAUCAUCUUUGGAGCAUUUGGAUGCAUCAGAGUCAUCUUUCUCAGGAGGAUUGCCCAACUCAAUCGGGAAUCUAGUGUCCUUGGAGUAUUUAAAUCUUCGGUCAUCCAACUUAUCAGGAUCAAUUCCGAUAUCAUUGGGAAACCUCUCACAACUCAAUAUUUUAGAUUUGUUUUCCAACUAUUUUAGCGGACAAAUUCCAUCCUCAGUUACAAACCUGAGACAACUUGAAUUCUUAGACAUUAGUAAUAAUCAACUAGAGGGUUCCAUUCCUGAUGCCUUUCCUAAUCUAAUCUCUCUAGACCUAUCUUCUAAUUUACUCAAUGGAACACUUCCCUCAUGCUUGUAUACAGUUUGCACACUGAAGAAAAUAUAUCUCGGCUACAACAAGCUUAGUGGUGAUAUCAAGGAAUUCCAGUGCAAAUCACUAGAAGAGAUCUCCUUAGGGAAUAAUAAACUCAAAGGUCCUCUUCCAUCUUCAAUAUCCCAACUUGUGAAUCUUACUGGAGCUGACUUUUCACAUCUAAGUGGUAUUGUACAGGUUAACAUGUUCUCAAAACUCCAAAAUCUCCUAGACCUUGAUCUUUCAUAUAACAAUCUAUCCUUAAACGCUACUGGUACUAGUGCUGAUUAUGUGUUUCCUAAGCUUCGGUAUUUGGACUUGUCUUCUUGCAAUGUCAGUGAAUUUCCCCAAUUUUUAAAAGGUUCAAAAAGUUUGGAAUAUUUGCACCUUUCCAACAAUAAAAUUUCUGGCAAGAUUCCUCAGUGGAUGUGGGACGUGGGGAAGGACUCUUUGAGGGGCUUGAACCUAUCUCACAACUCGUUGAUAGAUUUUGAGCCAUGGAAACUUACAUGGGAGGGAAUUGAAUAUCUCGACCUUAGCUCCAAUUUGAUUCAAGGAAAUCUUCCAAUUCCACCUUCAACAACAAGAUACUUUUUGAUCUCAAAUAAUAGUUUGAGUGGAGAGAUCCCUUCUCUGAUAUGCAAUGCAAAUUCUCUUGAAAUUCUUGACUUGUCUCACAAUAAGUUGAGUGGAAUAAUUCCACAAUGUUUUGGAAAUUUGAGCAGAAGCCUCUCAGUGUUGAAAUUGGAGAUGAACAAAUUUGGUGGAACCAUUCCUCCAACUUUUAUGAAGGGAUGUCAUCUGAGUUAUCUCAACUUACAUGGCAAUCAAAUAGAAGGGCCUUUAACACGAACCAUCAUUAAUUGUACAUAUUUGGAAGUGCUGGAUCUUGGUAACAACCAGAUCAAUGAUACAUUCCCUCAUUGGUUGGGAAGUCUUGCACAGCUACAAGUUCUUGUAUUGCGAUCGAACAGAUUCCACGGUUCCAUUCAUGGUGCUAGGUCCGGUCAUUCUUUCUCCAAAAUCCAAAUAUUCGACCUCUCAAAUAAUUCCUUUACUGGUCCACUUCCUACUAAAUAUAUAAAAAAUUUCAAGGCUAUGAUAAAUCCCGCAGAAGAUGAAAGUGCAAUAUCUUACAUUGGCGAGGAUGGAUCUGGUGGCUAUAGCUAUUCUAUUGACAUUACAAUAAAAGGAGUAGAGAUUGAAUUGGUGAAAAUUUUCAUCAAGUUAACGGUCAUUGAUCUCUCAAAUAAUGAGUUGCAAGGUGAAAUUCCAGAGGUUAUUGGAAAGCUUGACUCACUUAAACAGCUUAACCUUUCUCAUAAUAACCUUAAUGGUUGUAUCCCCACAUCAAUGGGGAAUUUGACAGCACUUGAGUCACUGGAUCUCUCUUCAAAUAAGCUUGUUGGGAAGAUUCCAGAGCAGUUGACUAGUUUGGGUUCUCUUGAAGUGUUAAACCUUUCACAAAAUCAGCUCAUUGGACCUAUACCUGAGGGAAAGCAAUUCAAUACCUUUGGAAAUGGUUCCUAUGCUGGAAACUUGGAAUUGUGUGGGUUUCCAUUGUCAAAGAGAUGUGACGACACUGAGGCAUCCUUUUUUCAUGAUGAAGCAGAUUUUGAAUCUGGAUUUGAGUGGAAAGCAGAUUUUGAAUCUAGAUUUGAGUGGAAAGCGACAUUCAUGGGUUAUGGAAGUGGAUUAGUGUUGGGAAUAUCUGGAGCAUGUAUCAUGUUCACACUUGGAAGACCCAAAUGGCUUGUGAGGAUGGUUGAAGAAGCAGGUUACAAAUUGAAGAGAUAUCUCAGAAGACGAAGGAAUUUGUAAAUUAGCAAGAAGCCCUCAUCUGUUGCUGAUGGAUAGAAUGGCUUGUGUUCUUUUUUGUUGUUCCUUUAAUGUUCAGUCUGAUUUUCUUUUCUUGGCUGUGUUUUGUUUUGUCUAGCGCCCUGUCUUCUCUUCUAGGGUUUGUAUCAUGUUUUCAAGUUGUUUGUUAGAGGGGAUGCCCUGUUUUUGGUCUAGUAUGUUGCUUGGCUGUUGU